ACCCAUGAAUCAUUCAGCCGAACGGAAGAGACAUGGAGGACGACGACAUUGAAUACGAUAUUACUUUUCCGUCCCCAAGCACGGGGAUAGAUGACGGCGAUGAGAUACUCGAUGAUUACGUCAUAGAAGGGGAAUCGAUAGAACCGGUCAUAAUUCUCAUUGGAUGGGCUGGAUGCAAACCCAAGCACCUUGCAAAAUAUUGCAAGAUUUAUGAGAAAAGAUGCAUCACCAUUCAAUACAUUCCACCAACUGAUGUGUCCUACAUGAAUCCUGUAAGGAUGACCACCCUUGCCAGCAAGGUCCUAGAUCUGAUCAAGGACUUCAAUCUAGAAGCCAAUCCAAUCUUCUUUCACAUCUUCAGCAACAAUGGAAGUUUCAUGUACACAGAAAUCACAAAAAUCCUGACCUCACCAGGUAACAAGUACAGGAAUCUGCAGGUUAAGGGCACCAUUGUAGACAGUGCCCCGGGUAAAAGAAGGGUCAUGAAAGCUGCUUGGGCAUUCGCUUUAGCAUCUGGACAAAGAGGUCUUGCAUGUUACAUAUAUUAUAUAGGAAUGGCCUUUUACUUGAUGUUCCUCCGCGUGUAUCUAGACAUCACGCUGCUUUUUAGUGGCAAUAAGUCACCAAAUCCAAAUAAUAUCUACAGCGACAUGAAAGAGGACACAACUCGAUGGCCCCAGCUCUUCAUUUAUUCUGCCGCAGACAAAAUCAUUCCUCCUUCAGAUAUCACAGAAAUUGCUGAGUACAGGCGAGACCAUUUUGGAGUGUCGGUUGAUACCCUAAUGUUUGAGGACAGUGAUCAUGUGGCUCAUUUUAAGGAUCACCCAGAAAGUUACACAGUACAAUGCAAUGCAUUCCUAGACAAGUGUCUGCAGAAUGUUAAAGAUGCUGAGAACAUAGAAAAUGAAAAGUGAGAGCAGGUCAAGUUUACAAGAUUUACUGUGGAAUCAUUUAAAUUUGGGGUGGCCAGUUUUUAUGGAUUGUCAAUGAUUUACAGUUUCAUUGGGAUGUAAUUUCAUGGAUAUGGUUUUUUUUUUUUGUUUGUUUGUUUUUUUUUACAUUGAAACAUCUUGGAAGUUUUGCAUUUCUUUGUGAUUUGAAUUCUUGGGAUAUGGAUACCCACUAAAUCCACAAUACUUGAGCCCCCGUGAAAUCAGAUGAUUCCAGGGUAAGACUGGUAUAGAGAUUUUUGAAAUGUAAUUAAUGUUAUUUGAUGAGAAACUUUAAACAGUUGUAGCAUUUGUUUCAAUAUAUUUAUAUAAAAAAGAAAUUUUAUUGAUGUUGUAGUUUAAAGUUGAAUUUUCAUGAUUGUUAUAUGGCUGCUCAAGAUUGAUGUUGAGAUGUUGAUUGAAUGGUAGAGUAAGGUUGCUUAUAGUGUGUUACAGUUUGUUCUUUUUUAUUUUCCAAGUAUUGUGUGUUUUGUUUUCAUUCUGUGUAAAUUUAGAGCCUUAGGCACAAAUGAGCUUUUCUAAUCAAAAUUUAUUCUGCGUCUGUCAUUGUUCAUUUUUGACCUCAUACGAGCUGCAAUAAUGUAGCCCUCUCCGAUUUUUUUUUUGGGGGAGUUAGAAUGAAAGAAAUCGGAUAGGGCUACAUUAUUGCAGCUAACCUCAUACAAGCUUUAAAACCACUAGGUCAAUUUCAACCAAACUUGGAACAAAGUAUCUUUCAGUAAAGAGGAGAUUAUUAUUAUAAAAUAGGCCAUAGGGUGCAUUCUUUUGAAAUUUUUCUCCAGACCUUUUGGGUCCGAAAUGAUAAAAUAUUAUAUGUGUGAUACUGUAUAUAUAGGUACUUACUUUGGUGGGAUUUAAUGAAUUAAUAUUUUAAUGAGUCAGGAGAGCUUAUAUGAUAUGGUUGCACUUUGAUGUAAAAUUGUGCUUUAAUGUGCUCUUUAGGAACCUGUUGUUAUACAUGUCUGAAGCACUUUUUCAUGGAGCAGAGGAAUCAUAUUAAAUAUUAUUCUCUCAGAUAUUAUCCAUUAUUAUAGAAAUAUGUUCUGUGUCCAAAGACACUAAAAUAUAUAGGUCUUGUAUUGUGAGAACUUUAGUAUCUUCCUUGGCCCUCACCAGGGUUUUGCCAUGGACCUACUGAGGACUUCAAAACAUCCUUCAGACCUCCAGCCUCUGCUUCACUCACCCAGAAAUUUCUGGAUCCGCCACCGUCAGAAUUAUGUCAAACACUGCAUAUGCACCAAUUAUGCUGAAAUUUAGAUACAUUACAACAGCAUGCAUACAGUAGUCUCCUAAUCAUAGCCCCUCGAGUCGUGAUGGGACAACAAUAGAAAAUCAGAAAUUGUCUGUAAAAAUCUUAAUAUUGAGAUGAAGACUAGAGAAAUACAGACUUCCUUCGGCAUUGAAUAUUUUGUGGGUUUUGUAACAAAUUCGACAUGGUCUUUGAGGUCAGCAUUGGUCAACAAUAGGGGUUCAAAGUUUUACAUUUCAGAUUAUAUGGAAGGAAAAUUCUUUGAAAUGGCUUCAAAUAAUUUUUUUUUCAAAACAAGUAUGUAAGUAUCAUCACUAAGAGCAGAGUUGAUUUUACUGGAGCUGUUGAUGCUUUGAGUUGCAGUGGGGUCACAUUAGGGGUUAUGUCUUGCAGCAACAAAAUAAGAACAGUUAUUCAAUCAUUAGUAUGUAAGCAUCUUGAGAUGGGUAAUGAAUACAUAUAGUUAUCCAGUGUCUUGGGUUAUUGGUGGGCCAUAAUUGGUAAUCUAGGCUAAGAGUAGGGUGACCCAGGUGAGCAGUGUACUCCACAGGCCUCAUUAUGACUAUGCAUUUAUGAUCAUACAAAAGUUACAUUCACAGAAUUUGUUAGGUGGAAAGUGUACUUUCAUUGAAUAUGUUUUGCAUUUCAACGAUUUCAUUGUAAAUACUUUUUAAGUUAUAUUCAGUGCUGUCUUGAAAAGGAGGUAGAAUCGUCAUAUUGUGUAGAAUGCAGUAAUGUUUUGUAUCUCACGGUUUUGUAAGGGUUUAUUUAAUGUUUUUGAAUCGUGUGGUAUCCAUCUAGUACAUGAACAAAGUAUUUUCACAGAACCAUUAUUUUCAUGCAUCACUUAUCACACGAAAUUGCUUUUAAAGUGGUUUUGCAAGCAUAAUGUUAUUUUUAUAGAUAUAUUUAUUAUAUUUUGAAUGUCACAGUAUAAAUAAAGCAUUUACUCCUAGUCACCUUAAAAAUAAUUAACAUUGAAACUUGAAAGGUGCUACCAAUAAUUAUAUACAUUUUCCGAAUGUUUAUCUUUUAAAAUGAAGACAAAAAUAUUGUUGCUUUCAUGGUAUUGUGUUGAAAUUUCUUUCAUAUGCAUAUGGCAGAUGACUUCUACUGCCUGCUUUUUGAAUCUUGACGUAUUUUGAUCAUUGGUCUAAUUUAGAUUACAGAAAAGUGGGAAAUGAUUUAAUUCAAUCCAUAAAUAUAUAUGUAUUUGAUAAAAUACACAUACAAGAAUCUAAGUAAACUAUCAAAUUGUCAUUUCUAAGGGUGUCAUAUGUGAUUCUUUAUUGCAAAUUUGUGAUUUGUAAUGCCCAUGGUACACUUGGAAUAGUUUUUCUAAAUACCAAUGUCUUUGCAAGUCCUGUUCAUUUUGCUAUUGUCCACUAGUUCAUUUUGGCUUUUGUUCUUUAUUGUUUUCUAGGAGAGUAGACAUUUCUUAUCUGUUAGAUACUGUAAACCAACUUUUAUGUGCAUGUGAAAAAAAUUCUCGAACACUUUUGUGUGUGUGAAUAACUUGUUGUCACAAACCAGUCAUUCUGUUAAUGCAUAAAAAAACAUACGUAGGCUUACUCACAAAUACAUGUAUAUAACUUGACGCAAACACUAUCCUUCAGCAAUUCACAAACAAAGGUUGGUUGACAAUAUAAAUCUAUUUGAAAGCAACAGUGAUGCACAACACCGUAUGUACAGCGUGGAUAUUAAAAAAGCAAAGAAUCUCCAAACAACACAAUGGUAACGCUAGUAGUUUUUCACAGUUAAGCGUGGUUAUCAUGGAAACAGUUAUAACGUCCAGUCAUGAUGUAAAACAAAAGUUUGUUAAUUUUUAUUUCAUAAUGAAAAAGACAAUGAUAUAGACAAAAGAGGUACAUGUAUUUUCAAGUUUAACUGUACAAUUCCAGUAUUUUUUAAGUUUAACUGUACAAUUCCAGAGUUCACUCCAGCCAGGAUUUUCUGACUUUGUGUGUUACAUGAAAACAUUGCUUGUUGUUUGUUAUACUUAUUAUGGUGAAUUAAAGAAAUACAACAAUUAA